UCUCUCUCUCUCUCUUUUUCUGCUUUUGCAUGCACACACACACUAAAAAAAAAAACCGCCUCGCUCUCUGCGCUAUCUGUAGCUGUUCGCUUUGUCUACUCUCUCUCUCUCUCAGUACUGCCAAUUUAUAGGGUUUCACUCUUAGUUUCUCUCUUAAAUCUGUUUUUUCAAAACACUUUCUAGAGAGUUCUGCUUUAGAAAGCUCUUUUUUGUUGAUGGAGAUUUCGCUACGUGGUGGGUUUCACUUUCAAAUCGCCGUCGUUUUGAGCCUACUUCUAGUGUAAAAGUCUCUGUCUACGUACUCUAGACCUUUAAAAGCCUAGUCGGCUAGUCCACCACCACCCGUUUUCGUAUCUCUGUGAAAGAGAGAGAGAGAGCAAUUUGGCCGAGUUUUUGUCUGUGACUCAUAAGGAAGGAUGAGGAGAGAGUUGAAACUCGCUGUGGCUCUAGCUUCGUUGCUGUUGUUGUUCUUAGCUACUUUUGUUGUUGUUGUUGUUUCUGGUGUGGAGAGCUCAAUAAUCUUUCAAGGAAAAACCAAUAUCAUCAAGCGUCCACAUCGCAAGCUUCUCGCAAUUGUGGAACCAAACCGAAUAUUUGGCGAAAAGUGUACCAAAUCGGACAUUGUGGUGAACCAAGGCCCCACAGCUCCACUGCCUAGCGGCAUUCCCACCUACACAGUUGAGAUAUUGAAUGUCUGCGCUACUAGUUGCAACAUUGCUGCCAUUCACUUGAAGUGUGGAUGGUUCAGCUCAGCCAAGCUUAUCAACCCCAAAGUUUUUAGGAGGCUUGGAUUUAAUGAUUGCCUUGUCAAUGAUGGCAAAUCUUUGGGUGUUGGUGAAUCUCUCUCUUUUCAGUAUGCCAAUACUUUUUCUUACCCAAUGUCGGUCUCUUCAGUAGCAUGUGUUUAGUAAAAAACUAAACACAUUAUAGUUUUUGCUAGCCCAACCCAAACUAUACUAGUUUACAUUCAUAUAAAAGCAUACAAAGCAUGACCAGGUAUAGUUUAAAAAAAAAAAAAAAAAAA